GUGGCAGAGGCAGAGCUGGUCAAGGUGUCAGAGACUGUCGGCCUGUCCCCAGAGGAGGCCCUGGAAACUUUCCCGGGCUAUUACAUGUCAGCUGAUGCUGACAAGGACGGGAAACGUUCACUUCAUGGUAUGGGGCGGUGA